CCGAAGUUAUAACGAAUUCGAGCUCUCCUAUAUAUAUAUUUUCCAAAAUGCGAUAUUUUGGAAUUCUCUUUUUCACCAAUCCCAAUCGCCCAUCGGUUUAAAGCACGUUCCGGCGAACAAGCACAAAAGGGAAACUACCGAUCAAUCAAUUAAACCGGCGAUGGAGAUGAAGGAAGGGUCUGUAAUUCAUCAAGUCCUUGUUAAAUUUCUCGAUGGGAAGCACAAAACCCUAAAUUUCAGUACCCCAUCCAUCUCGACCCUAACCCUAAAGCAGAAAAUCCAAGCCCUAACUUCAAUCCCUUGUGACCUUCAGCUCCUAGUCCUUUCCAAUUCAUUCUACACCCUACAUGACGACCUCCUAACCCUAAAUCUCUCAAACGGGUCUAAUUUUCCGGUGGUGGUGAAUUUGUUGGUGCGCCUGAGGGGAGGUAAAGGAGGAUUCGGGUCAUUGCUGAGAGGAGCAGCGACGAAGGCAGGGCAGAAGAAGACGAAUAAUUUCGACGCGUGCAGGGACAUGAGUGGACGAAGGCUAAGGCAUGUGAAUGCGGAGAAGAAGCUGGAAGAGUGGAGGGCUGAAGCGGAGGAGAGGAAGUUGGAGAAGAUGGCGGAGGAGUUCCUUAAGAAAAAUGCCAAGGAAACAGCGAAAAAGGCUAAUAAGAGUGGAGAUAGUAACACGGAUAAGUAUGUGCAGAAGUAUAGGGAGGAUUCUGCUAAGUGUAUGGAGGAAGUAGAGAGGUCUGUUAGGGAAUCGCUUAAGGGGGUUGUGUCAUCUAAAAGGAAAGGUGCUGCUGAGUUCAAUGAAUCUGAUCCCAAGAAGCUCAAGAUAUGGUAAGGCCUGUCACUUUUCACUUG